AUGGAUGUCCGCAAGAGAGGUAGACCUGAACAUGGAUUUAACACCAAUGGCGGAUUCAAGAAAUCCAAACCAGAAAUGCAGUCCUUAUCAACUGGUGUAGGAAGCAAAUCGAAGCCAUGUACCAAGUUUUUCAGCACUUCUGGUUGCCCAUUUGGUGAGACAUGCCAUUUCUUGCACUAUGUUCCUGGUGGUUUUAAUGCUGUUGCCCAGAUGAUGAAUCUAACACCCGUAGCACCUCCUGCACCCAGAAAUGUUGCAGCCCCACCACAUGCACAUGCACCCAAUGGAUCCGCGCCAUCUGCUGUUAAAAGUCGCAUAUGCAACAGGUUUAACACUGCCGAAGGUUGCAAAUUUGGGGACAAAUGUCAUUUCGCCCAUGGUGAAUGGGAACUUGGAAAGCCUGUAGCUCUAUCAUUUGAUGAUCACCGUCACGGGGGACCCCCCAACGUAGGUCGUAUGGGUGGUCAUCGAAUGGAGCCUCCUCCUGGUCCAACUACCAGCUUUGGUGCCACUGCCACUGCCAAGAUCAGUGUGGAAGCUUCCAUGGCUGGAGCAAUCAUUGGUAAGGGUGGUGUGAACUCAAAACAAAUCUGUCGCCAAACUGGAGCCAAGCUUUCGAUUCGAGACCAUGAGUCUGAUCAAAAUCUUAGGAACAUUGAACUUGAGGGAACUUUUGAACAAAUUAAGGAUGCAAGUAACAUGGUGAAGGAUUUACUGUUGACCCUGCAAAUGUCUGCACCACCUAAAACAACCCAAGGUCCUCCUGGUGCCCCUGGCCACCAUCAUGGAAACCAUGGAAGCAACUUUAAGACAAAAUUGUGUGAGAAUUUUACAAAAGGAUCUUGUACUUUUGGAGAAAGAUGUCAUUUUGCACAUGGAGCUGCUGAAAUGCGGAAAUGA